UCACUUUAACACUGCUACUUCUUCUCCACAAAACAGUUUUUAGAGAGAGAAGGAAAAAAACGCUUUUAGUAAAUUGAGAGAGAUGGGCAACUGCCAAGCCAUUGAUAAUGCAACUUUGCUUAUACAACACCCAAGCGGUAGAGUUGACAAACUCUAUUGGCCUGUUACUGCUAACGAAAUCAUGAAGAUGAAUCCGGGUCAUUAUGUUGCUCUUCUUCUUACCACCACCACCUUGUGUCCGCCCACUAAUCCUUCCUCCGCCACCGCUUCCACCGCCAAAAAAGUUAACACUGUGACGACUAAUACUAGUGGUACUAAUAAUAUUCCAGUUCGUAUAACACGUAUUAAGCUUCUCAAACCGACGGAUACUCUUGUUGUGGGUCAUGUUUACAGACUAAUUACUACUCAAGAGGUGAUGAAAGGAUUAUGGGCUAAGAAGUAUUCGAAGAUGAAGCAGCAGCAAAUAGAAUCCGGUGACAAGAAUAGUGAAAAAUCAACGAAUUCACACUCUAAGAAUGGUGUUGUUAGAAGAUCUGAUUUGGACAACUCCAAACAGGUGAAACAAGAAAAGCAUCGGAACUCAACAGGUGCAAAACCCAGAACAUGGCAUCCCAAACUCCAUAGCAUAUCUGAGGCUACAAUCCGAGAUUAAUUCGAUGCUUCUAUUUUGAUUUGUGUAUGAGAUUCUGCAGUAAUUGAAGGACAAAAUCACUUCCACCAGGAAAACAAACAACAGAUCCAUGACUUGAGAUGGGUAGUUUUCCGUCAUCACAUUAGAGUUAAUUAAUGACAUGUACAGCAAAUAUGAGGAAAAAGAAACUCACAUCAUGGCUCAACUUUUGUAAUCAUUUGGAAGGCCUUCUUUAAAUUGAAAAUCAUUGUGGGCUUUGUUUGGA